CCCAUGUGAGAAAUGUGUACAGUAUUUUGGCAGCUGUCAUUACAUCGCUGCUCACCAGUGCUGGUAUAAGAAGAUUUUUACUUUUUGUAUAUUUAUUUCAAGUUCUGUAACGAUGAACAUGGAAACGGACAAGGACAACAACGUUAGUGUACCAAAGAAGUCGACAACACAUACUACGACUGUUGCCCUGGUGGAGAGCAAUGCCAAUCCAUCGGGUCUUCAGCUGGUGAGCUCUUACCAAACCAACCGGGUGGGGGACCCAAUGGACCUGGUGGCACUGGCACAACAAGUACAGAAGGCAGAUGAAUUUAUUCGAGCCAAUGCAAGCAACAGACUGACAGUAAUAGCUGAACAAAUUCAGUACUUGCAGGAGCAAGCUAGGAAGGUUCUAGAAGAUGCUAAGAAAGAUGCUGAACUUCACCAUGCUGCCUGCAAUGUUGUCAAGAAACCAGGAAACAUGUAUUAUCUGUACAUGCGGGAGUCCGGUCAACGAUAUUUCUCCAUCCUCUCCCCGAAGGAUUGGGGUUCCAGCUGCCCACACAAAUUCCUUGGUGCUUAUAAGCUGCAGUUUGACAUGUCCUGGACCCCCUCUGAUGAGGUUGAGAAAAGGGACUCUGAGAUCAGCAUCCUAGACAAGCUGCUGAGCCAGCAGACAGCCCUGCCCUCCUGUAAUGAGCCCAACUUCCAGGGGCUCACACAGUGAACCUCCCCCGGGCACCAAGAACAGACAGACUUUGCAAUGGAUUCAACUGGAUACAGAAGGAAUGGUUCUUACUUUACCUUUUAUUGUAUUUCUUUUUAUCCAUAGGUACAAGCACACAUGCCAGUUUACUGUACCACAUUUUUUUGCAAUGUGUGCAAUGGAUUUAUGAAAUAAUCUAUUCAAAUUAUUAUUAUAAAUAUGACAGAAAAGAAGUCCAUAUUUUUUUGUGGGGGUUACUGUAUUGUUAAAUGUUUUUAAAUGUAGUAAUUAAGAUACCAAGUAUAUUUUAAGUAAUUAAAAUAAACAGUUUAAAAACAUAUUAUAAAUGCUUCUCACAGAAAGUCUUAUAACUAAAUGCAGAGGAAUGCCUAAUAAUUAAUAAUUAAUAAUAAAUACGUUCCUUAUGCUUUAAAGUACAGAUGUGAAAAAUAAAGAGUGGCUGAGUUGAAGGUUGACUACAUUCUG